AUGAAUUUGUAAAAUAGCAUUUUGUACACUAGCUACGUAUAAAAAAAAUACUAUUUUUUCGACCGACUAAUGUCAAAAGACAAGACAGAAAAGGCUCUCAAAAAUAUAAGGUGGCGUAUACGUUGAAUUGGUCGCAAAGCUGCAGCUCGAUCUCAUCCCUUAUAUCAUCAGACUUCUCAAAACUUUGAGAUUGUCGCGCACACGUGAACGAAUUGGCUCCGGCAUGGUAUAUAGUUCGUUCUCGGUCUGAAGGUGGCGACUCCAAGCGGAGACGACAGCGUGAAGGACGGCGUCAAGGAGGGGGAGGAGGAGGAGAGAGACUUCCAUGCAUGGCUCAACUACCGGCCGCCGUCUCUGCCGCUUGAGGCCUCCCUUGCUUCCAGCCCUUCGGCGUCGUCGUUCGGGAGAGAGCAAGAGAUGUCCGUGAUGGUUUCCGCCCUGCGCCGCGUCGUGUCCGGAGAAGUAUCGUCAGGUGAUGAUCAGCAACAGCGGUUUGAUUUGAGGGAAGGGUAUUGCGGCAGCGGCGGUUCGGCUUCGUUGCUUGGUCGGUCCAGCUCUUUGGAUUUUGCCGGCUUCGGGCUGAAGAGAGGAAGGGGAGAUUCGACCUCAUCGUCCGAGUUCUUGGUAUCUCAGGUUUCGGAAGUUCAUGGCGAUUUUGCGCAGGCAGGCUCGUCGACAUCUUCUGGCGCCAGAGGUCAUUCAGGCUCAACAACUGUUCAGACAGCAAAAGCAGAUGAACCAACACAUGGUACUCCUCCAACAUACGAAUACACCUACGAGGCCCCAAGACAGACAGCAUUGAGAUUGGACCCAACUCCAAGGAGAAAAUACCGAGGAGUGAGACAGAGGCCGUGGGGGAAGUGGGCCGCCGAGAUACGAGACCCAUUCAAGGCCUCGAGGGUGUGGCUCGGCACGUUCGACACGGCCGAGGCUGCUGCUCGGGCCUACGACGAGGCCGCCCUCCGGUUCAGAGCCAACAAGGCCAAGCUGAACUUCCCCGAGAACGUCCGGCUCCGGCAACAACCGGCUCCCGUGGCCACUGCGGCCAAUCCAUCGGCUACCCACUUUGCCGUUUCCCGCGAGUUGCCGGCUCCCGACAAUUCCAACGCCAUUGACUACGACGGGCAGACUCCUGUGCAGCAGUUUUUUGAAAAUAAUUUUCACGAAUAUCACAGCGAUGUUGUGGUUCAACAAGAAAGAGCGCAGGGACGACCCCUGAGUUUGUAUGAGCAGAUGGUGUGGUCCAACUCGUUGUUGGGGAAUCAGUUUCAGCCAUCUUUCUCGCUCUCUCCUUCUCCUUCAUCAUCAGCAUCAAGUUCGGUGCUCGCACCGGCGCCAAACUCUCCUCUUUUCGCUUCUUCUCGGCCGAUUAUGAGCUCGAGGCCCCAAGAGGGCCAGACAGGUGGCGGAGCAGCCGUCUUUUCUCUGCCUCCAUGGACAGAUUCUAGCCAUCGCAGUUCUUCUUCCGGAUAGGAUUCUCCGUCCUCGUUUCUUCUUCCUCCUUCUCUAAUUACAGUUGUAUUCAGUUCCAUUUUGCCGUUGUACGUGGCCAUAUUUACAUCUUGAUUAGCACAGACAUGUCGACACCAUUGAAAAGAAUGACAGAAGCAGAGAGAUUUUCAUCCUCA